GUGUCAGCAAAGACAAUCAGGCCGAGACGUUGUUUUUUUACACUGAAAUUGUCUUAACUGCUGAGCCACUGACGGUAGCAUGAACUCGACACUGUUGCUGUUGUCAAACUUGAUAUUUGGAGCGUAUUUGAACGGAGGAGAUCUGAGGUAUUUGUACUUCACUGUCACAGCUCUACUCUACAUGGUCAUUGUUGUCUCUAACACGUGUGUGAUUGUUGUCAUCUGUAUGAACAGGAGUCUACAUGAACCUAUGUACAUUUUUAUGUGUAACCUGUUCAUAAAUGAACUGUAUGGAGCCACAGGUUUGUUUCCACUGCUGCUGGUUCAGCUUCUGUCUGACAUCCACACCGUCCCAGCUUCACUCUGUUUUCUGCAGAUUUACUGUCUGUACACUUAUGCACAUGUGGAGUUCUGUACCUUAGCUGUUAUGGCCUAUGACCGCUACCUGGCCAUCUGCUGCCCUCUGCUGUAUAACAGACGUAUGACGCCUCACCGAGCCUUGAUCUUAAAUAUUUUAGUGUGGUUUUACUCAUUUGUGAAAGUUUUAGUGACGUUGUCAUUGAACCUGCACCUGAAGCUGUGUGGAAACACCAUAGACAGUGUGUACUGUCACAACUACCUGAUUGUGAAGCUGUCAUGUUCUGACACUACCAUCAACAACAUCUACGGGGUUUUUGGCGUCAUCCUGACCAUCAUGGUUCCUCUGCUCCCCAUCCUCUUCUCCUACCUGAAGAUUUUUCAGGUGUGUUUCUCUGGCUGUGUGCAGACAAGAGUGAAGGCUCUCAGCACCUGCUCUCCUCAGCUGGCCUCACUCAUCAACUUCUCCUUUGGUUGUACGUUUGAGAUCCUCCGGAGUCGGUUCGACAUGAUAGCUGUGCCCUCAGUCCUGAGGAUUGUUCUCUCUCUGUACUUCCUGCUCAUCCAGCCCCUGCUCAGUCCCAUAAUGUUUGGAUUACAGAUGACCAAAAUAAGGAACGUCAUCAAACGUGUCCUUGGCUGUAAGACACUUUGUGGUCCAGGUGGAAAAUAACUGACAUCUGUGACCUGCAGUCAGCUGUGGCCCUGUGCUGUAGUUUAACGACAAUAAUAUACAGAAAAAUUUCCCAAAGCAAUUUCCUGCAUGUGCAAUGAAGAUGUCAAAUAAAGGUGCAGGAAUGUUGUUUGUGGUCGGUGAAGAAAAUCAGAAUAACAAUGAACCUGUGAACAUUUGUUACACUUCUGUUACAAUUUGAAAUAAUUCAAAACACCAGCAACAACAACAACAACAACAAAAAACAACACAAUAGGUGUUCAAUAACUAUGCUGCUCUGCUCUGCCAGAGCUGAAUAUUCACCUGUCGUGUAGUGACUAACUUCUUCCUUAGUCUUUGGUGAGAGAGGGGAUUAUUGUCAAGCCAUAAAAAAAAAUCUCUUUAAUUUGUCAAAUAUUAAGUGAAUAAUUCUGAUAUAGCUAUAUUUUUGGGGACAUUGUUUUAUAUUAAGACUCUUGUUGUCUAAAUGUGCACAUGGUAGUUCCAGGUGAGUGAGAAAUUUGAGGAUCAAAAUCAGUGGUGGACGAAGUAUGCUAACGAUGUACUUAAGAGAGUAUUUUGAAGUUCAAGGUUUAGUUUGGAAUUAGGGAUAGAGUCAGGGCCAGAACAUGGAUAAAGAUUAGACACAUACAUGGAUGGUUUUUAAUCCAUCUUGCCAAACGUUUCCAAAUUAUAUAAUGUAUUUAUAAUAUCAUUAUACUUCUGUAGUUUCC